GCUAUCAGGCCGUCCCCCGUUAGAAUAGCCCGCAGGGUCCUCGACAAAGGCUCACUCGGUUUGCCUACCUCCAAUCCCAGUCGUCCGUCUCGGUGGCCCCUUGAAAUCUCGGACCAAUCACCGGCCUUCUGUGUAAGCUCUGUUCUCUUCCCCCACUCCUCCCGGUCGCUUCACCCCUCCGCGGGCUCCCCGCCUAUAAAUGGAGGAUAAUGGAAAGCGAAAGAGUCUUCGCCCUCCCUCUCGUGACUCUCGUCGACCUAAGAAAUCCCGACCGCCAGAGUCUCCAUCGGUUCGUGGAUUUCUCCGCUCCAAAUCCGAUUCUUGGUUACAAGCCAUGGUUGCCGAAUCUUCUAACGGAGGCCAGUCCCAGUUCCCGUUUGGACUGCGGGUUCUGGUCGUGGACGAUGAUAUCAUAUCCCUCAGGACGGUGGAGUUUCUCCUCUUGCGAUGCGGCUAUCUAGUUACUGCAACCCUGAAUGCACUUACAGCUUUAAAGUUAUUAAGAGAGAACAGAGACAAUUAUGAUCUUGUCAUUAGUGAUGUUCGGAUGCCUGAGAUGGACGGAUUUGGACUGUUGGAAGCCAUUAGACUCGAGAUGGAUGUACCUGUAAUUAUGUUGUCCGCAGAUGGCGAAGUAAAUACAGUGUUGAAAGGUAUUGCGUAUGGGGCUGUUGACUAUUUGGUGAAACCUGUGAGGCUUGAGGAACUGAGGCUCAUCUGGAAGCACGUGGUUAAGAAAUCAUUACAUGGUACAAAGGGGGCUCACAGUCUUGGUGACAGGAAUAAUCAUGAAAUGGCAUUAGAAGAUGAUCUUGAAGAAGAAUUUGAUGAUAACCAUGAAAUAGAAUUAGAAGAUAAUCAUGAUAGGGAAUUAGAAGCUGGUCAUGAACAAGAAUUAGAAGAUGGUCAUACUACAAAGGUUAUGAGAAAAGGCAGAGAGAGAGAGAGAUGUAGUGAUGGCUCAUCAACACAGAAGAAGCCUAGGUUUGUGUGGUCACUGGAGAUGCAUGCUCUAUUCCUGAAAGCUGUACAUCAUUUAGGCAUAGAUAGAGCGGUGCCCAGAAAGAUACAGGAUUUAAUGAAUGUCUCAGGACUUACUCGUGAGAAUAUUGCAAGCCAUCUGCAGAAGUAUAGACUGGCUCUUAAGAAGAAUGGUAUAAGAAUGGAUCUACAAUAUUAUGGUGGUCUUGGCCCAAUUGGAUAUGGUGGCAGCCAUCCAAGCUCUCUUCUACUUCCCUUUAAUCAACAGCUCGAUUCCAAUGUCAGUACUCUUGGAGGUCUUAAAGUUGCAUGCUUACCUCCUUCAAUGAACAAUCCAGAUAGUGUACACCAACAAUUUACAGCAAAUCCUCAAGCAGGUCAAUUAAGAAUGCAACAGUUUGGAUAUGCAUCGAAUCCUGAUGUAGUGGGAACAUCAAAUACCCAAUCAGGAUUCCAGUUCCCGGCCUAUCACAAUCUCCCCGCAAGUCCAAAUCAAGUUGAUGGCCAUAUGCAGAAUUCUUUUCAUAAUCCUUGUUCAAGCAGUGGAAAUCCUGGACCAAAUUCAGGUCCUCAACCUGGGCUUUUGUCAAAUCCUUCCAUGAUGGGGACAUCAAAUGCCCCGUCAGGAUUCAACAGCUUGAGCUGUCAGUUUCUUACUUCACCAGAUCAAGUUGAUGGCUCUGUGCAGAAUUCUUCCUAUAAUCCUUGUGCAACCAGUGGACAUCCUGGACCAAGCUCAGGUUUCCAACCUGGGUGUUCAUCAAAUGAUUAUCAUGAUAUCUUGGAAAACAUCACCGUAGCUGAGUUGAAUGCAAUACUUCCAAUGCAAUAUGAGCAGAAUAAGUUUGUUGACCACACUGGAGCAGUUAUGGGAAUGCAAGUUAGUGGAGACUCAGUGGAUUUGCAGAGUUGUCCUGAUGGAGAAAAAUUCAAAGAAAUAAGUAAUCCAGAAUUGACGAAACAUCUUUCAGAGCAUUCACCAUCUGAAACAGAAUUUGACAUGGACAAGUGUGACUUUAUGGAUGAUAUUGAUACAUUCUUCAAGCAGUUUCAACAGUAGCAAGGUUCUCGGGGCAGAUGCUGGACGUUUCUGGUCUCACUUUCACAUGUCAGCUUAGAACAAGACAUAUUUAUGAUUGCGCUUGUAAGCGCCAUUCCAGGUAUAGCUCAGAAAGUAUGGAGACUUGUGAACUGAUUGGAUGACAUGCACAUCUAGUGGAUGACAGAGGCCCUCAAAUUUUUAGAUUCCCAUUUUUUUUCUUUUAAGAGAAAGUCACACCAUUGCGGUACAUGUUCCUUGUGGCUCUGUCUGGUAGCUGCCCCUCUGUUUAACUUUGAAACUCAAUCCAUUUUAAUUUGCUGUUCAUUAGGUUCAGACCCUUAAAACUAUAAUGUGAAACAGUGAGACUUAUAUUUUUGAUUUCUU